AAAGAAAUUUCGUGCAGAAGGACGAAGGCUUUUCGCUCAGUUGCACAAAAAUGGAUCUCACGAUUAAUGAAAAGAAACCUGAAGGCUGCGGGAAGUUUGGACUAAAUAAUUCGACCGCACAGUUCACCGUGGAUGAUGCAGUGAACAAAGCUGGAUAUGGUCAGUUCCAGAUUCGACUCACAUUCCUUGCUGGUCUUGGUUGGCUGGCCGAUUCGUUCGAGAUCAUCAUCUUAUCCCUCAUUGGAGAUCUCAUUGCUUGUGAUUGGCCGCUGCCCCGGUGGCAAAAUGCCUUGCUCACAUCUGUCGUAUUUAUGGGUAUGAUGAUUGGAAGCCCCAUAUUUGGAACAGCAGCAGAUGUCUACGGCAGAAGAAAGUCAUUGGCUGUUUCUGUCACCCUGCUUUUCCUCUUCGGUGCGGUGAGUGCAGCUUCUCCUUCUUUCGUAUGGAUGGCCAUCUUUAGAGGAUGCAUGGGAUUCGCGCUUGGAGGCGUGGCCCAAGGGCUGACGUUGUGCUGCGAGUAUUUUCCCAGCAAUAUUCGAGGGAAAGCUGGCUUCUACUUGUGUUACUUCUGGUCAUUGGGAACACUAGGUGUUAUUCUAAUGACAUGGCUCAUUAUGGAUUACCUGGACAACUGGAGAAUAUUGCUCGUAGCCGCUUCAAUCCCAGCAUUCCUAGUCAUCGUCUCUUUAAAAUGGUACCCUGAAAGUGCUCGUUUCUUCCUGGUCAGCAACCAGCAUGACAAAGCCGAGACUAUCCUCCAGAAGAUGGCGGCACAGAACGACAAAGAUCUUCCUCCUGGCCACCUGGUGCAGAUCUCGACAAUGGCGAAGCGAGGCAGGAUUCAAGAUCUCCUCAGCAAAGAAUACAGGAGAGCGACAUUUCUCUUCUGGUACAUCUGGCUAGCCGUCGCAUUUGCUUACUACGCAAUAUGCCUGGUGAGUCCGACAAUCAUACAACACGGGAGCCUAAGAACUGCAAGUUCAGAGAACAGCACAGCAGCAAGCUACUUCGACGACUUGGAUAUAUUAGUUCCAUGUGUAAAAUUUACGCGCCAAAACUAUGUGGACUUACUGUGGACAAGUGCUGCUGAGUUUCCAGGUCUUAUAGUGUUUACUUUCCUGAUUGAGCACAUGCGGCGCAAAGUUUUACUUGGAGUCUCCCUGUUGAUCAGCGGCGUUCUUGUCAUCUUGCUCUUACUCAAAACACAUCACAUUCUGAUUUUCAUUUUCCUCUUUGGAGUCCGCGGUAUCAUCCUUGCAGAUUUUCAGCUUAUUUUCGUCAUGACAACAGAGGCGUUCCCAACUACAGUCAGGGCCAUUGCGAUGGGCACCGGCAGCGCUUUUUGCAGGCUCGGAGGUCUCAUUGUUCCAUACGUGGCUCAAGUGUUGGUGAUUAAAAAUCCAGUAGCCGCCAUAGGUCUUUUGAGUGGUGUUAUCUUCCUGGCAGCUAUCGCAGCGGCUCUCCUCCCAUUUGAAACGAAAGGAGCUGUAAUGAAGGAGUCUCAGGACACCAACCGAUGAUUAAAAAUGAAAGGAACAUUAAAAGAAGAUUUAAUUUGGGGAAGCGUUGCUUCCACAGAGCUUCCAUCGACCCAUCUGUUUUGAAGAUAGUGCAAUUUGAAAGCGAACUAACGGCUUGUGAAAAAUUAUAAAAGUUUUCCCGAGGAACUGCAGGAAUUUGACUCUAUCGUUGCUGCAUAUUCUUUUGGAAACCAUUCCAAAACUCUUGUAAUUUGUAUAAAGAUUAUCCCGACCAGUGAAUGAACAGAUUUUUUAAGUUUUAUUAUUUAUUAAUUUUUUUUAAUAAUAAUAAUUCAUGAACUGGCAACAGUCAGGUCCAUUUUUACUAUUCCAAAAAAAAAAAACCGCUAAAAAUAUCGUGUUUUUCCACUGGUUACCAAGGUAGCACAAAUCGUUUCAUAAACGUUUUAGAAUCGUUGUUAACGUUGAAUUUUGAAACGUUUAUCUAACGUUUUUAACCGUUACGUGAGCUUUCUGGGUUAGAAGUGUUCGUUGAUUGUGCUGCUGCCCACUUUUCAUUUAAACUCCAGAAACGACUGAAGCAGAAUCCCGAAAAUACUCCUACUUUUAAAUCGUUUGUGAGUUACUUGACAUGUACUUUAAAUAACACAUAUCAAUAAAAACGUUUUUAAUGUCACGUACCGAGUGUCACCCUUUUUAACGAUAUAAAUAAUUUCUAAAAUGAAAUUGAGCUAAGUGUUCAUUUACUGGGUAGAUGAUUUACCUCACUGAAAAUUAUAAAAAAUUUCCACCAGAAAAUCAGCAGCACUUUUCUCGAUUAUGUAAACUGCGAUUGCCGAAAAGAUGAUUUUCAACCAAAAACACUAACCAAAAUAAUAAUUCUGGGUCUGCUGAAAAUAAUAUGCGUUCUGGUUAUCAUGGUUACGGCAUAAUGAAAUUUUUCUCCACAUUAUUUCUGAAAAUUGUGUUGUGUUGCAGAAGCAAAGUGGGGGAAAAGUUCAUUCUACCAUAACCAUGACAACUGGAAGGAGAAAAGGAUGGGAAGUGCGAAAAGGAUUUGACAUUGACACGCCAAUUCUAAAUACAUAGACUAUAAAACUUGAAGAAAGGUUGAAUCAGAUUUUGGGAAGUGAUAUUUCCAUAUCAGAGGGCAUCAAAGACGUUGAUGCUGUUGUGCCUAGUUUAACCAAUAGUUCAAAAUACUUUUCGAAAAUUUGAUCCAUUUUCUUCCAGAAGCUUUUAUUCAAAUAGUUUGAAAUAUUUUGGGAUCAUUUUCAGCUUUCCUCAAAUGUUUCCAACUCUUAACUUCUACGUUAAAAUAAAGUAUUAAAAAUUUGCUAAAAUUUUCUUUUUCAAAUGCUACCUCUGUGCACCAAAAUUAAAAAAAAAAAAAAUAACUUACAUCAGAAAUCAUCUAGUGGUCACUUGUUUUUAAAAGUAUUUGUCGUUUUGAUUCAUGUCAUUUACAAAAUCUGCUAUCGAGUAUUUACCCCAAAACAUGAUUCAAUUCCUUUUUAUUGUUGUUGUUAUUGUUAAUUUGAAUGAUGCAAAGUCUAAAAUACAUUCCUAUUUUCUUUAAAAUGUAACAAAAUUGGAGAAAUAAAGUUUGUAACUGCUACUUA